AUGGAGGUGCUGGUCUCGCUGACCCUGACCCUGGUCUGGGUGCUGGCUGUGAGCGGCGCUCCCAACGCGACGCGGCGCAAGACCGACUCACCAGAACUGAUACAAGAUGAGGAAGAUGACCUACAUCUUCACGACUACUAUGAUGAAGAGAGGAUCAAUAUAUCAGAAAGGGGCAUGUACCUCGGGUCCCCGUGCUCCCAGUGGUGCAACCCCAAGCUGUUGCACGUGUUUUGCGAGCCCACCACCCAGACGUGUCAGUGUGACUCCAAACACCCCGUCUCUUUGGGCGUCGCCAAGGGCUGUGCUAAACCCAGGAAGCUCGGCGAGCAGUGUUUCUACCGGCAGACGUGCCGGGCGUUCGAUGCGCAUGCGUCCUGCGUCCAGGUCAACCACAACGCCUACUGCCAGUGCGACCCUGGCUACCACAGCACUUCGCACUCCAGACCUACGCAGAGAGUAUUCUGUACUGAAGACUUGGUGCUGCUGACAGCGGAUAUGCCGACGUUGCUGGGCGUAGCGUCGGGGAUCUUCGUACUGGCGGGGCUGCUCUGCAUGGUGCUGCAUCUGUACACGAGGGCGCGGUAUCACCCCACACACCUGGCUGAUGCUCGCCUCACACCGCCCUGUUUGUACUCUCUCAACGAUACUGGGGGCACGGUAAGCGGCACGCGGGCGUCGUCGCGCGCCUCCUCCCGCAGCGGCUGCACCAGCGGCACCCUGGAGCUGGAGUCGUCGGCGUCGCGGCGCACGUCCCGGCGCGGCGUGCCCGUGUCGGCGUCGCGCGCAGGUGCGGCGCGCACCGCGGCCAUCUUGCUAAUCUCGCGGCACCUGAAGGCCGUAAGGCGGGACGGCGGCGCGCACCCGCCUAAGUGCGCCGCCAAAGGUUCGCGACGUCCAAGUCUAAGUUCGGUUCAAAGCAGCUCUUCGUCUAUUAGGAGUUAUAGUGCAAAGAGGUGGGAGAAGGAAAGGGAGCAGAAAGAGAGACGGCAGAUGAGCAUGCGCCUUGCUCAGCUUCACGAUAAGAUGUCGUCGGGGCGGGAGAUCCCUAAACAUGCGCCGACGCCGUCGCCUCGUUCCCCAAAUAACUCCACAGACGGGCUGUUACCAGCUGUAUGUGAGAUUAGAGAACUGGUGACGAACCCAGAACCGCAGCUUCAAGGCGUGGACGGCCCCUGCUCCUCAUCAUCGCUUUACUGACAGCAAUUCCAGCC